AUGGCUUGUGCAAGUGAGAAUUUGGAUGAUAUUUCUCUGUGUUCUGUUUGUUUUGACAAAUUUAAAACACCAAGGUAUUUGCCGUGUUACCACUCCUUCUGUCAUUUAUGUCUUUCGUCCUUUAUUGCCUCAUCAUGUAAAUCCAGAGAGACUACUUUCGGAUUCCAUUGUCCAGUAUGUCGUGAAUUCACUCCAUGUGUUGGUGAAUCUGAAUCAUGGGUUGAACAUUUUCCGAUUAAUGAAAUGUUAAUGAAGUUUCUCGAAGACGGUGUUAGCGUAAAAUUUUGUGGACCAUGUAAAAUGGAUGAUGAAGAAAUUGAAGCUACAGACUUCUGUGCCGAAUGUAAGGAAAAUAUGUGUAAAACAUGUACAAAAUAUCACAGAAAAUUCGUCGCCACUCGAAAUCACACUGUGUGUUCAUUGAAUGAGGUAAACCAAAUAAGUUUACGGUCACACAUGUACAAAACAUGUCGUCAACAUAAAGACAGGCCGAUUGAGCUUUUCUGCAAUGACCAUGAUGACCCUUGUUGUUCCCUGUGUGCGGGCACUCGGCACAGAAAAUGUGACAGUGUUGAUUCAAUAGAGAUGGUAGCAGAAAACCUAAGGAAAAAAUGCUCAAUUAAGCAACUUAUUAGCGAAAUGGAAUCUUAUGAACAAAACCUUUCAGAGCUGAGGAAAUUGCAAGAAGAAAAUAUUGUAGAUAUUGACAAUGUUUCUGACAAACUUACAGAAGAUGCAAAAAAACUAGAAGAGGAUACUGUUAACCAUAUAAGAAAACUGAAAGAUGGUUAUCUUGACCAACUCUCCAAAGUUGUAAAGGAAAGCAAAAAGAAAAUAAAUAGAAAUACAGAUAAUGUGAAUGACAAAUCUCAUUGUGUCAAGAAAUGCAAACAAACACUGUCAGAUAUUGACGAUAGAACAGACAUAGUUGAACAAGUUGUGAAAUUUUCUACUGCUAAACUGAUUUUUCAACAUCUGAAGAAAUCACUUACGAGGAGAGUUCUUUUCUCUCUUGAAAUGACAAGUUGCCCUAAGUUGAAUAAUUCUAAAGCAAAAAAAUUAAUUUCAUUUCCAAAGUUGCAAAUAAAAGAAUCCAUUCAAGAAGUUUUAGGUGACAUUGACAUUAAAGAAGCCAAAACAAGAGUUACAGCAAAGUUCAAAGUUGUAGGAGGAUGUGUUUAUAGUGGGACUUUUCUGGUCGACGGAAGAAUUAUAUUUCCUCAAAAUUCCAAUUCCGGGAAUCAUUUUGAAACACAGUGUCUAAUUUUUUUGAAAGAUGGUUCAUUCCAAAAACCUAUCAGCGUUCCAUAUCGACCCGCCUGUGUGAAACUGGAUGGAGAAGAACUCUACAUAACAUGUCUUUAUGACAAAAUGAUUCACGUCAUAUCUUCCCAAACAUUUGAAAGUAUUCGUGAAUUUUCAGUUCAGAGGGCAUGUUAUGGAAUAGAUAUUAUGGAUGACUUUUUGUACAUCGCAUGUCAUGAUUUUAUUGAAAAGCUUGACAAGUCUGGUGGGAUAGUUCACACCUAUGAAUUCCCUGGACAUAAAAUCGAGUGUGUUAUUGUCACAAAACAAGAGAACGUUGUAUAUAGUGUGUAUAAUGAUGACCUAGUUUCAGCUGUAAGUAAUGAAGGGGACCCAAUAUGGAUAUAUAAAGGUCCACAUCUGAAAUUCCCUUAUGGCCUGGAAAAAGACUUGGAAAGCAAUAUAUACAUAGCAGGUAGAGACAGUGGAAAUAUACAUGUGUUAUCUAGUGCAUGUGUCCUUAUCAGAAGGUUUGAGAAUGUGACCAGGCCAUGGUUUAUAGCGAUUUCUCCCAGUAAUAACAUAUUCUGUGUUUGCAGUGAUAACAAAGAUAUGGCUAUAUGGCAAAUGUACUAA